CUAACAAUCAUGACUGCUAAAAUGACGUGUCCUUAGCAUCAGCUGACCACGGUGAUGUUAGCCAUUCUUUUAUAGCUAGCUCAAUUAUGUUAGCUAGCUAGCAGUAUGUGUUGAACGAGACUAUCAACUUCCUUCCUGAUGAAGUUCAUAUCUAACAAGCAAACAAUCUUAGAUUUUACACUCUGGGUCCAAUAUUAGUUAGAAUUUAAGAUUUUCCUGAACAUCUAACUAGUUGGAAAAGCAUUUCAAAUAAGUGUUGCAGUCGCGUGGGUUUCUUAAAUGCACUGCAGCAUGCUGGUAUGUGCAGUUCUUGAGGGUACACUUCAAAUUCGUGAUAGAGGGAUAUGCCACUGAUAAAGUAAGCAACCUAUGGCAAUGUCCUUUCGUGUCUAAUUAACAGUUUAAUGUAAUUGUAUAGUUUAAUUUGGGUUUCAAUACUUGCUUUGAUUACUUUCCCCUAAUGUGUAGUUUCAUCCUUUCCCAGCUACUUCCGUUUGUUAUUAUUUCUGAGUUUAUUGUUCAUCCAGAGAGGAAGUGGAGUCUUUGUAGGAAAAUCAAUCUUUGAUAACUCAAGAUACAGUAAUUUCCAUGUAAAAGGACCCAUGAGCAACAAGAUGUGAAGGUCAUAGGAGCAUGUCAAUUUGGGUGUCAAAAGAAAUCUGAGUCUACUUUUUAUUAAGGCAUACAGUGCAUUUGGAAAGUAUUCAAACCCCUUGACAUUUUCCACAUUUUGUUACGUUACAGCCGUAUUCUAUGGAUAAAAUAGUCACCCCCCUCAUCCAUCUACACACAAUACCCCAUAGUGACAAAGCAACAACUGUUUUUUAGAAAUGUUUGCAAAUGUAUAACCACACACACACACACCACACACAAGUGUUCAGACCCUUUACUCAGUACUUUGUAUAGUAUAGUUAAGUUGAGUAAAGUGGAGAAAAGUUCAGUACAGUAAGCACAAUAGAAUAGAGUACAGUAAAGAAAAGUAGUGUAUAGAUCAGUACAGUACUGUAGAGUUCAGGACGGUUCACAGUACUAGUCGAGUACAAUAUAAUCUACUGUACUAGGUUAUACUUUACUAUACUGUACUGAACUCUACUGUUCUGUAUUGUACUGUACUCUACUGAGCUCUAUGCUGUAUUUUGAUGUCCGAACAUGUGAAACCUUGUCUAUGAUUGGUUCAGAUUUGGUCCGGUCCAGACCAACCAAAUUUGUUCUUAUUUGGGGGCAAAUCAUUAAAACAGCCAGUGUGUAGAAUAGUACCAAAAUAUGCAAUGGAUGAUAUUACAUAUUUAUACCUUUUUGUGUACCUUUUUAGGAGACUUCACCAUGAAGAGAAUGCCAUUUUAUAUCCAUAAUUAUGCAUUUCUGUGUAGUACAGAUCAGGGACCCAUAAUUAAAUUAUGUUACUGCAAUGCCAUUACCGGGUGUAAAUUCACUUACUGUAGUUAAUUAAAUAGUCAAUUUGCCAUGUCAUAGCUGACACCCCAUUCUUUCUGCAGACAUUGUUGAAUUUGAAUUUGGAGCAGAUAUUUACGUUUUUGGGAAACGUGAACACAAAAAAUGGAGGAAGAUUUUACCGAAAUUCUGUUACCAAAUUUGCAUCUGCACAGUUCUUCUGGUAAAUGUGUUUUUGUCAAAUUUUCAGUUUUUAAAUUGUUAAAGUAGUCGUUGUGCAUAGAUGUUUGUUAAACUUUGAAAUCAAUUGUUUUUGUUUGGCGUACAUAAAAAAAUAAAAAAUAAUGUUACCCCCUUUUUCUCCCCAAUUUCGUGGUAUCCAAUUGCUGGUAGUUACUGUCUUGUCUCAUCGCUACAACUCCCGCACGGACUCGGGACAGGCGAAGGUCGAGAGCCAUGCGUCCUCCGAAACACAACCCAACCAAGCCGCACUGCUUCUUAACACAGCGCGCAUCCAACCCGGAAGCCAGCCGCACCAAUGUGUCGGAGGAAACAUCGUACACCUAGCGACCUGGUCAGCGUGCACUGCGCCCGGCCCGCCACAGGAGUCACUAGUGCGCGAUGAGACAAGGAUUUCCCUGCCGACCAAACCCUCCAUAACGCGGACAACGCUAGGACAAUUGUGCGCCGCCCCAUGGGCCUCCCGGUCACGUCCGGCUGCGACAGAGCCUGGGCUCAAACCCAGAGUCUCUGGUGGCACAGCUAGCAUUGCGAUGCAUUGCCUUAGACCACUGUGCCACCCGGGAGGCCUUGUCUGGCAUACAUUUUGAGUGAAAAAUCUGAGUCUCAGCUCAAUUCCGUUACUGUGGAAUUGCCUAGACUUGUCAAUAUGAUGAAUCAGGAUUUGAUGGUACAAUUUGGGUAGCUCUUAAUAAUCCAAGUGGGGUAUACCUAGUUUACAGGCAGCCCCCCUUGAGUUCUCAGCUGAUGGUACUGUUCACAGCUGGCUCCCUCGUGAACUGCAAUCCUGACACUCUGUUUAACCCUGACGUUUUGUGUCUAAACGAAAAUACGCCUCACUUAUGAUAUAGUUUUGGUUACCUUUGGAACUUAACUUUCAAAUAAACGAGAAAGAAUCUUUCAAAUGCAAAGAUGCACCCGGCUGUUUUCACACAUGGCCUCGGCUACAACACAUCCUCUCACCUUGCGAUUGCAUUUCCAUUGGACCAUUCCAUUGCACAUUUCCUGUGUUUCUCAAAAUACAGCCAGGUGCAACUUUCCUAAACUGCACACAAUAAGUGUAUAUUUUGUAUAAAAAUUAUUUCUCGCUUACACGUAUUUGCAUUUAGACAGAACAUUGUGGGCAGCGUCGGAGCAUCGGCAAAAUCUCUUCAGGCGGCAGACAGCUUCGUGAAUAGAUGGUAUAAUUAAGCAAUAAGGCAUGAGGGGGUGUGGUAUAUGGCCAAUAUACCACGGCGAAGGGCUGCUCUUAGGCACAACACAUUGCGGAGUGCCUGGACACAGCCCUUAGCCAUGGUAUAUUGGCCAUAUUCCACAAACCCCCGAGGUACCUUAUUGCUAUUAUAAACUGGUUACCAACGUAAUUAGAACAGUAAAGAUACAUGUUUUGUCAUACCUGUGAAAAACGGUCUGAUACAACACUGCUGUCAGCCAAUCGGCAUUUAGGGCUGGAACCACCGAUUUGUAAUGUUUAAUACCAUUUACAGUCUAUUUGAAGUAUUCCAUAAUUAAAAUGGAUUGAUUGGUUUCUUGCCUGGUUUUCCCAAUCCAUAGUCUAAAUGAGAGGAUUACGACGCCUCUCCCUAGCCUCAGUGGUUUUGGGCAGGGUUCCCUGCAGACUAAACAGCAGAGGGGGACAACCCCCCGCUCCUUUGGGAGCGAGGAUUCUGACCAACCCUGAGGACGUCUUCCAGCAUAACAUGUGGGACCAUGUGAAAUGGUCUGAGGAAGAGAAAGAAAAAGCCAGACAAAAGGCAGACGAUAAUUCUAGCUUACGCAUUCCAUUAGAAGAGCAAGGCAAAUAUGACAUAGACGCCUGUAAAUACUGGGACAGCUUUUAUGAGACGCACCAGGACAAGUUCUUUAAAGAUCGCAAGUGGCUGUUCUUGGAGUUCCCAGAGCUUCUUCCUUUAGGGCUAGAGAGCAGUGCUACUGAGGAGAGACCAUGUGGUCUGCGGGCCCCAUGCCCAGAGCCUGGUGUGUCAGGCAGGGAGAAAGAGACAGGCCAGCAGUGGCAACAUGCACCCAGUCACCAGCACAUAGAUCCACUGACAAGUGAUUGCCAGCAGUCCUGUAAUCAAGAUGGGAGAGACACUGCAGGGGCUGCCAGGCAGACCAGCUCUUUCCCAGGCGAACAUGCAACUUUCAGGAUCUUCGAGGUUGGAUGUGGGGCUGGUAACAGUGUGUAUCCUAUUGUCAGCUCUAUUAAAGACACAGGGGCAUUCUUAUACUGCUGUGACUUUUCCCCCCGUGCUGUCCAGCUGGUCAAGGACCACCCAGACUAUGACCAGUCUGUGUGUCACGCCUUUGUUCAGGACGUCUGUGACGAGGUGGGCUCCUUUCCGUUCCCUCCACUGAGCCUGGAUGUUAUUCUGCUGGUCUUCGUGCUGUCCUCCAUUCACCCCGAGCGAGUCCAAGGAGUUGUGACCCGGUUGUCUCAAUUCCUGAAACCCGGAGGGAUACUCCUCUUCCGGGAUUAUGGCAGAUAUGACCUAUCACAACUACGGUUUAAAAAAGGUCGAUGCUUGUCAGAGAAUUUCUACUCAAGGGGAGAUGGAACGUGUGUUUAUUUCUUCACAAAAGAUGAAGUUCACAGUUUAUUUUCCAAUGCUGGUUUGGAAGAAAUUCAGAAUCUGGAGGAUAGGCGACUACAGGUGAACAGAGGGAAGAAAGUUGUAAUGCGCAGAGUGUGGAUGCAAAGCAAGUUUAAAAAACCUCAACCACUAGCACCACCAUUGUAGUCUACCACCACUGUCCCUGCUCGGACGAACAUGUUGCCCCAGGUUGGCUUUAGCAAGGACUUGUCUAUCCAAAUCAGAGGUCAGAAGGUCAUAAGCAUGUCUCAGUGCAGUGAGAUGUGUUAGUGUGAUGCGUUUACAGUACCACUGGGAUGGUCCAUUAUCGGGCUGAGGGAGUGGUCAACUAUCGUGCCAAGGAAGUACCUUCUGGUUGUUGUGUGCUUAUUAUGGGUUUCACAUGCCGUGUAUGUAAAACUCACUUUUUGUAGGGAGACAAAUGUCAUUUAUUUUGCUGGUUGAGUGUAUGCAUACAUAUACAUAUUUAAUUAAACAGUUUUAUAUGUUGUAUAAACCCAUAAAAUGAAAAUCUGUGAAUGAUACUGUCAUAAAAAUGACUUAUUUGUACCUUCCUUAGUUCGACAUUUAACAAUACAUUAAAAUUGUACCUGCUAUA